AUGGCAAAACAAAAUAAGCCUCUCCUGUUAAACGACUUGGAAGCCAGGCUAGAAAUUUCAGAUGACUUGGAAGCCAGAUUAGAAAAUUCAGACGAGGAUGAUGUUCCUUUGCAAUCAAGCUGUACCAUCUACAAGGUGCCACCUCAACUUCGAAGGGUAAAUCAACUAGCCUAUACCCCUAGUGUGGUUUCCAUUGGCCCCUAUCACUAUGGAGACAGUAUAUUAGAAUCAACGCAAGAGUUAAAAUUCUGGUACUUCAAGAAAUUUUUGAAGAGGAUCCCUAGCAAGAAACCAGUUGACAAGUUACUUGAAGCCGUAAAAGGGAAGGAAGAUGAAAUUCGACGCUGUUAUUCACAACACAUAAAGAUGUGUUCUAAUGAUUUCGUAAAACUGAUUAUGCUUGAUGCUUCUUUCAUUAUUGAGUUCCUUUGUGCAAGUUAUGAAUCAAAGUCAGAAGAGCCUUCAACUGCAAAACCUGGUACAACGUCAUAUUUAAUGCUAGACUUGGUUUUACUUGAGAAUCAAAUACCAUUUUUCGUUCUUGAAGACCUGUAUAAAGUAUGUUCACCCACCAGCAAGAUUUCAUUUCUUGAGAUUACGUUCGAUGGUCUUGCGUCCAGCUUCCUGAAAAAUAUGUAUCCCACCGACAUGCAAAUAUUUUGUAGUAAACGAAGACUACAUUGGGGUAAAAUUCAACAAGUGCAACACAUGUGUGAUUUGUUGAGGACCUUAUAUGUAUUAGACAAGGAGCAAAGAGACGUUGACAUGGAAAUAAAGCGUUCAUAUGGUAUAAGUCAAUUAAAGGAUGCAGGAAUUGAAUUUCAACCUACUGAUGAUCGGAGUAUGAUUGAGGUGCAAUGUUUUGAAGGAAGACGACUGGAAAUUCCAAGUAUUAAGAUAACUGGUUGGACUGAGAUUAUGCUGAGAAAUGUGGUUGCAUUUGAGCAAUGUCACCAUCCUUUUAGUCAUUACGUGACUGAUUACAUAUUUCUUUUAGAUUGUCUUAUCAACACUGAGAAGGACGUUGAGAUUCUUGUUGACAAGGGAAUUAUACAUAACUUCGGUGACAAUGAUAAAGUGGCUGCCAUGGUUAACACACUCUGCGAUAAUGUUACUGCAAGAAAUAGCCUACGUUACAGCCAUGUGUAUAAGAUGCUGAACAAGUUUUAUGACCCCUACUACAAGAAUAAGGCAACUUUUGUGCGUGAACACUGGAGCACUCCUUGGAAAAAAUUAUCUCUAUUUGGUGGAAUUCUGCUACUUUCUCUCACUCUCAUUCAGACAAUAUGUUCUGUCAUUCCCUUAUUUAAGAAAUAA